AUGAAGCCACAACAUCGUAAAACAAUUGCUGCACACAAUGAAAAUAAAAAUAAAACCUCAUCACGAUCUUCUAAAAUGCCCUUUAAAGAAUUCAAAUCACAGAAAGAUCGGAGGAUUAUUUAUGAGGAUGAAUCAAUUAUUGGAAUUUUGCAGGGUUUCGGAAUUGGUUUGGAGGUUGGUUUGAAUUAUUUGGGGAUGGAGGAAGGGAUGAUUCAAAGAUUUGAAUAUUUGAUGCAAUCUAAUCAAAGUAUUGAGUUGAUUGAUGAUGAGGAUUGUGAAAAUAUUAAGCAAGAUUAUUUGGAUAAUAGAAAUGCAGUGUUUAGAAUUAAAUUUAAAUGUUUAUUUAAUCAUUUGGAAGCUGCCAACAAAUCGAGAUUAGCUUUUCAAAGAAAUUACGAAGAUUAUUAUGAAGGUUAUUAUGAAGGAUUACCUGAUAUUUCUUGUAGUGUAUUUGAAUCGAUGGUGAAUGUUGAUCGAUCAUUGAGUAAUAGAAUGAAAAUAGAUAUUGGUUUGAGAUUUAAAUCAUUUUCAGAAGUUGUAAAAUAUUUGAGUUUAGAUAAUACAAAUAGUCUAAUGAGCGUUGAGGAAGAAAUCUUGUCACGAUUUGUGGAAAUUCUUGAUGUUGAUUAUGAAAGAAAGCAUGUUUUUAUUCGAUUGAAGUCAUUUAUUGAAAAGAGGUCUAAUAAUCCAUCUUGUUACUUUUUGAUGGGUAAAAUUGAUGGAACUGAUUCAUGUUUUAUUCUAAACAUGACUGAAACCUUCAAGCAAAACAGACAUUUAAAGAAAAUUAAUCAAAUUUAUCAACACUUUACACCAGAACCAUUCAAAGAAAGGAUUUACAAAAGUGGCAAACCAAAUCUGAAACACGAUUGUAAAGAAGUUGGAAUUUACAGAUUCUGCAUUGGAAAUUUCCUUCAUUGCAUCACAACAAAUGUUUCUUCAAAUAGCUCAGUGAUUUAUCCACACGAUCCGUGCUGUGAACGUAAAUAUCCUCAUGUACUGAGAUACAAUUCCAAGGACUAUUGUGGAGAUAUUUUAGUCUCUGAAAUGUAUUGGACACGAGGUUAUGAUCAUGGAACUAGUUAUGGAGGAAGAAUAGAUACAGGAUUUUACACAAUUGACUCGAUUCCAUUAUGUAGAUUGGUUUUUACAUUACCUUCCAAUAGUUUCUAUCCUGAAAUUUACCAUUUUGUUUAUUGA